AUGAGUGGUCCGGGAUCUUCCGCUCCUUGCACUUCUCACACUGGCACUUCUGCUGCAAUCGCUGCUGCAAAUCCUGUUCCUGAUUCCACUGUUGCCGAUCCUAGUCUGAGUGAAACGACUGGUUCAGGCUCAGGUGGAGUGUGUGAGAGCACGAGGCAGGUGCUGCUGGGGCAGUUUGAGGACUUGGAGGGAGCCAUGGACUCGUGGGACCACCUCUUCUGCCGCAGAUGCCUCAUCUUUGAUUGCAAGACACACGGAACCGUCGACGAGCCAGUGGUGCCUUCGGAUCAGCAACCCCCUGUGGAAUCUACUGACGUUGGCAAGUCACCCAUGCCUGCUGGGCCUUGCGGCCCCUUGUGCUUCAUGCAUGUUCCUGCUCUCAUGGCACUGAAGCUUACUCGAAUGCAAGCAGCAGAGAAGAAAGCAGCAAAAACCAAGGCAAAAGGCAAGAAAAAAGGGAAGCAGAUUGUUGGUUUGGUGAAAAUGGAGGAUGAGGAGGAGGAAGCAGAGGAAUUGGAGGAAGAGGAGGAGGAGGAGGUUGAAUUAUCGGACAGUGUUGCUGGGGAGGAGAGUGAGGAGGAGGAGGAGGAGGAGGAGGAGGGAGGGGAGGAGAAUGCGGAAGAAGAAGAGGAGACAAUGGAGGAGGAGGAGGGUGAAGAGGUGGAGAAGGAGGGAGGCAAGGAGGGAAAGAGUGUGAAGGAAGAGGAGAUGGGCGAGGAGGAAGAGGAGGAACAAGAGGAACAAGAGGAGGGAAAGGAAGGAAGCUCGGAAGAGGAGGGUGAUGCGAGUGAUGGGGAGGCUUGUACGGGGGAUGAGGCGGAAGGAGGUGAUGUAAGGAUGACUGCUGAUGUGGAAGGUGAUGGGGAUAGGGGCUGUGAGCGGGAAAAUGGAGAGGAGAAAGAGGCAAUAGAAGGCAAAGAGCGGGUGAGAAAUCUGGAAGAAGGGGAGGAUGUGAAGGAGGGAAGAGAAGUGAUGGAAGAAGAGGAAGGGAGGGAAGGGAUGGAAGGGACGCAAGGAAAGGACGGGAUGGAAGAGGAGGAAGGGAGGGAAGGGAUGGAAGGGACACAAGGAAAGGACGGGAGAAGCAAGGAGAAGCAGCAGCAGCAGCAGCAGCAGCAGCAGCAGCAGGAGCAGCGGGAGCAGCAGGAGGAGCAGGAGAAGGAGCAGCAUUGCGAUCAGCAGGAGUGGAGUGCGUUGGAGAGGGAAUUACUGAGCAAGGGCGUGCGGAUAUUCGGUGCGAGCAGCUGUGUGCUGGCACGCACAGUGCUGGCUCACCUCAAGACGUGCUCCCAGAUCGCACACUGCUUGUUGGGGCAGGAGGGGGGCGACAUGCAUGAAGAGACACCCACCCCGACGGGUCGCCAUCGCCGCCGCACGGCCAAGGCAAGGCGGAGGCUGGUGCAGGCACAGUGGGGGUACAACAAGGGGCGCCGGAAGGGAGGAGCAGGGCAACCCGUGGUGGUGCAAAGGCUCAAGGCAGAGGCCUCGAAAGAGCGUCAGUACGAGCCAUGCAGCUGCAAAGGGCCAUGCGCCAAGGCCACAUGUGAAUGCAUCAUGAGGGGUUGCUUCUGCGAGAAAUACUGCGGCUGUGCCCAGGCGUGCAAGAACCGAUUCAGGGGCUGCAACUGUGCCAAGAGCCACUGCUCCUCGCGCCUCUGCCCCUGCUUUGCUGCAUCCAGGGAGUGUGACCCUGACCUCUGCCGCAACUGCUGGGUUGAUUGCGGGGAUAACCGCCAAGGGGCUGUGCUGCCACUGCCACCGCCUGUGAGGGAGAAAAACUACGACUGCCACAACAUGCGCUUGCUGCUGCGCCAGCACCAGCACAUUCUACUAGCCCCCUCGGACGUGGCUGGCUGGGGUGCCUUUCUCAAGAAGGAGGUGGCGAAGAACGACUACGUGGGGGAGUACACAGGCGAGCUCAUAUCAGAGGCGGAGGCAGAGAGGAGGGGCAAGAUAUACGACCGCAUCAAUUGCUCCUUCCUGUUCGAUCUCAACAAAAAGGGGACAGAUGCGGCCUCCCCCGGCUGUACCGUCUCCGCGUCGGCGGUAUCCUGCCCGGCGGGACUUGGGGGCCGCGCAUUUGCGCUCAACGCGCAAGCUUACAUCGCGGGCGCAGGCCGAGAAAACGCGCUCGUCCUGGGCGCGGGCGGAACCGCGGAUAAGGGAUCCGCGGGUUCCGCAUUCACUAUCGCCGCGCUCUCGCCUCCGCUCGGUGGCGGAGGCUCCUUUUCGGCGCGCUUCACAUUCCAGCUGGAGGGGCAGAACGAGGCUGACGUGGCAACGGGGCUUGCUUUCGUCAUCAUUGGCGGAACCAACACCGCUGUCGGAUCGCCUAGCUCUGCCGGCUACGGCGGCGCCGCCUUCGAUGCCAGCCUGGCAGUGGUGAUCAACGGCCGCCCGCCCAUCUCUGCCGGCCUGCUGCUGGGCGGCAAGGCGGACGGCACUGCCGGAUGGGCGGCUCUCAACCCCUCCGCGCCUGACGCACCCCAUCUCCUGGUCCCGGGGGUGCAGCAGCACGCCUGGGUCGACUACGACGCCUCUAGCACCACCCUCCGCCUCUUCCUCAGCGGCUCCUCCCCCACCAAGCCUGCAGCUCCGGUGCUCUCCGAGCCUGUCGACCUGGCUCGGACGCUCGGCUUGGCCGCAGACGGCAGCUGCCCAGAUGGCAUUGGCGAGGCGGCGGUGGGCGGCGGUGGUUGUCUGUUUGUGGGGUUUACGGGAGGGUCGGCAGCAGUGGAUACAGCUGAGCUGGCAGCAGCGGGAGUGGUCCCCGGAGGGGAGCUCAUCCAGACCGUUGACUCGUUUGACUUCAAAUUCCUCUCCGCCGACGCUACAGCCGGCGCUACAGCCGGUGCUACAGCUGAUACUGCCACUGCAACCUCUGCCGAUGCUACCAGCACUGAGUCACGCCUCCCCCGCUCGGCAGAUAUCAGCAGUGCAACGGUGGCUUCCUUCGGAGCCACAGACCCCUCUGCUGCAGGCGGCGGUCUCUUCUCAGUCGCCUCUGUCGAUUCCAGCUCUGGCACUGGUGGUCUCACUGCCUCUGCCGCCCCUGCCCCUGCCCCUUCCGCUAGCUCCCCCUCCUCCUGCAACGUCACUGCCACCAGCAUCUCGUGUGCUGGUUUUUCCUCUUCUUCCUCCUCCUCGCCCUUCUUCGUCCUCUCUGGGGAUGCUCAGAUCGGGCCCGGACCGAACUUCCCCAUCUGGCUCGACACCACCACCAAUGCUGCAGGCUGCGCCUUCUCCAUCCCGAGCCUCAGCCUCAGCCUCGGCACCGGACCGGUGGCGUUUGAGGCGGCGUUUUCGUUUUCGUUUGCGACGAGUGCGGAUUACAACAGCUGGGGUAGUCGAGGGCUGGCGUUUGUGCUCACUGCCGGGGAGAAGACCGCCUGUGGCCGCAGCUCCGCCAGCAACAUAGGCUAUGGAUCAGCCCCUAACGCGUCGUUCGCAAAUAGCAUAGCAGUGGAGCUGAGAGCGCGGCCGACGGCGUGUGUGGCGGUGGUGGUGGGCGGGCAGGUGGCCGGCGACAACUGUGCCGACUCCGAUGCCAUGGCGCUGCUGCCGCCAGGGCAGGCGUUCACGCUGAACGAGCCGCAGCACGUGUGGGUGAGUUAUGACGGCAGCAGCGGCACGCUGCAGGUGUUUGUCUCCCCAGGCGCGGCCACCAAGCCCUCGGCGCCCGUGUUGGUGGCGCCCAUCGAUGUGGCGGUGGUUCUGGGAGGCACGGCGGGGCUGUCGGUGGGCUUCACAGGCGCGUCGUGGUGGACGUGGGUGGACGACCUUGAAGACCACCUCAUCCACUCCCUGUCUUUUGAAGCUGUCCCCCCCGGGUCGCAGCAGUCCCUGCCACCCUCCCCUGCGCCCACCACGUGCCACCUCGCCCCCUCCCACACGCAUCUCACCUGCUCGGGCUUUGCGGGCCGCUCAGCCUUCCGCCUGAACGGCUAUGCCCACGUGGGGCCCGCCCCCUCCUUCCCCCUCGUCCUCGACACCGGCGGCACCGCUGGCAGCGCGCUCACCCUCGCUGACCUGGCACUCUCGCUGGAUUCGUCCACGUCCGCAGUAACUGCAGGAGGAGACCCGGUGGCAGCAGUGGCGUUUGAGGCGGCGUUUGCGUUCUCGGUGUGGACGGAGACGUCUUAUGGCUACCGGGGUAGCAGGGGUUUGACUUUUGUUGUUAGCAGCGGCGACAAGACUGCCUGCGGGUCGAGUGAUAUGGGAGCCAUAGGGUACGGGGGAGCGGCACCAGGGGCGUUCAACGGGAGUGUGGCGGUGGAGGUGCGGUCGGGGCCCACCUCGUGUGUGGCUGUGGUGGUGAACGGCGUGGCUUCAGGCGACAACUGCGCUGCUGCUGACCACAUGACCGGCCUCACAGGAGACCAGGAGAUUGCACUGAGCGAGAGGCAGCACGCGUGGGUGGCAUACGACGGCACAUCCCAGUCACUGGAGGUCUAUCUGGGCGGCAGCGACGGCAUAAAGCCCGAGGAGCCGGUGCUGCGGGCGUCGCUUGAUCUUGUGGCUGUCAUUGGUGCCACGUCAGCAUCUGUGGGGUUCACAGCUGGCACGUGGUGGUGGGGAUGUGGCGACACGGACGACCACCACCUCAUCCAUUCCUUCGCAUUCAACACUGUGUCCCCCGGGUUCCUGCCGGCAGCACAGCCCACACAGGCGCCCACCUGCGAAACCACCGCCUCCUCUCUGCACUGCACUGGCUUCGCCGGUUCCACCCCCUUUGACCUCAACGGCUACGCGCAGCUCGGCCCGGCGCCGCACUUCCCGCUCUGGCUCGACUCGUAUGAUUCUGUCGGCUCUGCGCUCUCCCUCGCGCCCCUCUCCCUCCUCACCCCCUCCGCCCGCUCCUCCGCCUUUGAAGCCGCCUUCUCCUUCACCUUCCUUGCCGAUGCCUGCGCUGCUAUCCCGGUGACGGGUAGAGGAUUCACCUUUGUGCUCACCAGCGGCCCAGCAACUGCUGUCGGACCACAAAACGCAAGUUCCCUGGGCUAUGGGUCAGCAGGAGGCGCGUUCCUCAAGAGUGUGGCAGUGGAGUUCCGCCUGUGCCCCGUACCCUGUAUAGCCGUCUCCUCUAAGGGAGUCGUGGCGGGAGACGGUUGUGCUGGAGCUGAGUUCUACACUGUUCUGCCCCCAGAGAAGGCCUUCCCACUCAACACCCAGCAGUACGCCUGGGUGAGCUACGAGGGGGCCUCUCAGACCCUCAACGUGUUCCUGGGGGGAUCGUCCAAGGUCAAGCCAGGUGUACCAAUGCUCACUGCCCACGUGGACAUUGAAACCAUCCUCGGCGCCACGUCAGCGUCCGUGGGGUUCACAGGUGGCACGUGGUGGGGGCAGGACAUGGCGAGUGAACGACACAUCAUCCACCAGCUCAGCUUCGUGGGAGGAACUUUCCUGGAAACGACCAACGUAACGGCAGAGCUGACGAGCGCCUUUGCAUACUCCAACGAAACGGAUCUUUCCCUCUUCACCACCACCACACCCUUCACCACCACUCCCACCACCACCACCACCGACACCACCACCGCCACCACAACCACCGCCACCUCUUUCUCAUCUACCGAUGCUCUUGCCACCACCGGAACAGCCGGGGGGGCGGCGGUGCUGUCAGAGUUGUCUCCCGAUGCCACGCGCGGCACAGUGGAGUUCCGCUUCACCGCCACCACCGCCUCGGGGCCGCAGUCCUUUGUGGGGCGCCGCCGCAUCGUUGCUUCCCGCCCCGUGGUGCGAGCACACGUGUACGUGUCCAACAUGGAGGAUCGACCCAUGGCUGAUGUGGCAGUGACAGCACGCAUCACCUACCCCAACGGCACCGACGCCUCGCACUGCUUCGUCUUCAGCGACCCGCUGCUGCAGGGGAUUGACGACGUCAGCGGUGCAGGCACCCUCCCUCCUGCCACAUCAGCGGGCGUUGAUUGGCUGCUCCUCGCUCUGGACUGCGCCGCGCCUGCCACUCCCACCAACUUCAAGUUCGCCAGCACCCUGCACUACACCCUGCCUGCAUCAUCAUCCACGUCAUCAUCCACUGCGACUGCCACGUCAGCACCAGCAUCCGAACCAGCGCCAGUGGUUAAGAAGGUGGAGCUGACGAGUGUGCGAGUGACGGUGGUCCCUUCACCCAAGCUGCAAGUGCACUACUUUGUGCCCCGCCACGUGCAAGGAGACGACCUCACCACUCCUCAGGUGGAGGCACCAGUGCCAGUGACGCUAGCAGCACUCUUCCACAACUCGGGUCACGGCACAGCUGCUGCUGUCGCCACACAGUCACUGCUGCCCACCGCUGCCACCACCACCACCACCACCACCACCACCACUGCCGGCGCACCCGCCGCUGCUGACGUAGGCGCUACUACUACAACGGGUGACACGAGCAGCGCGGCAAUGAGUUUCAGCAUCACCAGCACAGUGCUGGGCAAUGAGCCGCAGCCGGCAUCGUUCUCUGUGAAGGUGGGCAGCAUCCCUCCAUCUGCUACAGCCAUGGUGCGCUGGACCAUAGAGGCCAGCCUCACAGGCACAUUCGAUACAGUCACCACCACCAACACCACCACCACCACCACCACCUCCUCCUCCCCACUCACCGGCCUCUCCCCCAUUCUCGAGUCGGUUGACAUUCACAACCUCGUGCACGUCGUCUAUCUGCCCGACGCUGCUUCAGACGACGGGCUGCCGGAUUUCCUGGUGGACGACAACGGGGACGAGCAGCCGGAGGCCAUCUACAGCAGCGCUGGUAACCGCGUGCUGCCCGUAUCCGCCGUGCCUUCCGCUGCUCUCGCGCCUGGCCGCCUGCUCUUCACCAGCGAAACCCGCGCCAAGCUCACUGUCGCUGUGGACUGGUCUGCCUUCCCACCAGCGGCAGCAGGAGGGUGGGCGCACAUGUCAUUUGCCUCGCAGCUGCCAUCGCACUGCUGGAAUCUCACCGCUGCUCUCCGAUCCAAUGGCUCUCAGCUGCCCGUGCCCUUCAACGCCUGGUCCUCCUUCUCCUCCUCCCCCGGUGCUCCCACUGGCACCGCUGCUGCCCCUGCCCCUGCCACUUCAACUUCCACCGCCCCUGCUUCUUCCCCCCCUGCUUCACUUUCUUCUGACACCACUCACAUUCUCGACUUUGUCUCCUCCCCCUCCUACACUCUCUUCUUCUCUUACUUUGAUCAGACCCUCUCCUUCCCCCACCUCCCCCCCUGCUUCCAGGCACCCCCCUCGGCCACCUCCAAACCCCUCUCCUCCCCCCCGUCCCCCUCCAAAUCCUUCUCCCCCUCCCCGCCCCCCUCCAAGCCCCCCCAAACCCCCUUCUCCUCCCCCUCGCCCUCCCCCCAAUCCCCCGAAACCUCCUCCCCCCCCUUCUCCUCCCCCUCGCCCUCCCCCGAACCCCCCACCAAAGCCCCCCUCACCACCACCCCCCAAACCCCCGUCUCCCCCACCUCGCCCCCCGCCCAACCCUCCCCCGAACCCACCCCCUCCGAAGCCCCCAUCCCCUCCCCCUCGCCCUCCCCCACGCCCGCCCCCGAGUCCCCCACGCCCGCCCCCACCCCCCAGGCCUCCUUCCCCCCCGCCUCGCCCUCCCCCACGCCCGCCCCCAAGUCCCCCACGCCCGCCCCCACCCCCCAGGCCUCCUUCCCCCCCGCCUCGCCCUCCCCCCCGCCCUCCCCCAAGCCCGCCCAAGGUUGUCUAGGACGCUCCGCUUACAUCGCCACGUCCAUUGGCAAAGGCAUCUGGGCUAUGGCGUUUGCUGAGAGUCACAAAUUCAGAUGUGUGACUCACCUCACGUUGAAGCGGCUUUUGAGUCGGGCAACACUAUGGAUGGAUGAGGGGCCUUGGUCUGCCCUCGCAGUACCGGCGGCAGCAGGGAGGUGGGCACACAUGUCAUUUGCAUCGCAGCUGCCAUCGCACUGCUGGAAUCUCACCGCUGCUUUCCGAUCCAACGGCUCUCAGCUGCCCGUGCCCUUCAACACCUGGUCCUCCUUCUCCUCCUCCCCCUCCACUCCCACUGGCACCGCUGCUGCCCCUGCCCCUGCCACUUCAACCACCACUGCCCCUGCUUCUCCUACUACUGACACCACUCACAUUCUCGACUUUGUCUCCUCCCUCUCCUACACUCUCUUCUUCUCUUACUUUGAUCAGACCCUCUCCUUCCCCCACCUCUCCCCCUGCUUCCAGGCACCCCCCAAGGCCUCCCCCGAACCCAUCUCCUCCCCCGCGCCCCCCCCCCAAUCCUUCUCCCCCUCCCCGCCCCCCUCCAAGCCCCCCGAAACCCCCUUCUCCUCCCCCUCGCCCUCCCCCGAACCCCCCGCCAAAACAACCCUCACCACCGCCCCCAAGCCCCCGUCUCCCCCACCCCGUCCCCCACCAAACCCUCCCCCAAACCCACCUCCCCCCAAGCCCCCAUCCCCUCCCCCUCGCCCUCCCCCACGCCCACCCCCAAGUCCCCCGCUCCCGCCCCCACCUCCCAGGCCUCCUUCCCUACCUCCUCGCCCUCCCCCCCGUCCUCCCCCAAGCCCUCCCAAGGUUGUCUAG